AUGAAGAGAAACCUACAUGAAAAUUCAACUCGAAGUACAGCAGGCUGUUUGCCUGUACCAUUGUUCAAUCAGAAAAAGAGGAACAGACAACCAUUAACUUCGAAUCCACUUCAGAAUGAUUCAGGUAUCAGUACUGCUUCUGACAGUUAUGAUUUCCCUCCUCUACCAACAGAUUGGGCCUUGGAAGCUGCAAAUCCAGAGUUGGCUCCUUUAAUGAAAACAAGGAACACAGGGCAAGCACCACAUUCUGUUUCUCAUCCCCUGGGAAGUCAAGAGUCUGUGUCUAAAUCUAUUCAAUCAGAUUCUGAAGGAAACCAGAGUGGUUGGAGUUACAGAGAUGGCAACAAAAAUAUCAGCUUAAAAGCUUGGAAUAAAAAUGAUACUACGUCUCAGUGUAAAAGAAGAAAUCUAGUGGCAAAUGAUGGAAUGAAUUCUUGUGCAGUGAGUUUGGGAGCUCAACAACAGAAACAAUCAAAAAUAUCUGAACAUCCUAACUUACCUCACCACAGAGAAACUCAAGAACUCAGACAAAUGCAUUCAUCAAAAAUAUGUGGUUCAACAAUAAAAGGUUUAGGCAAAAAUAGUGCAUUUCAGGCAUUUAAGCCUAAUUUACAAGAUCAAUUUAAGAAAAAAACAUUGGGUGAUAUUCCAGAAAAAAAUACUACUCUAAAGGAAGCCUCAUUUCAGCUGCAGUUUAAGGAAAAAAAUAAUUCGUUAAGAAUUCUUUCUGUGGUUAUUGAAAGCAUGAAGUAUUGGCGUGAACAUGCACAGAAAGCUGUACUUCUUUUUGAACUAUUAGCUGUUUUAGAUUCAGCUGUUACACCUGGUCCAUAUUAUUCCAAGACUUUUCUUAUGAGAGAUGGGAAAAAUACUCUGCCUUGUAUAUUUUACGAAAUUGAUCGUGAACUUCCAAGAUUGAUUAGAGGCCAAGUUCAUAGAUGUGUUGGCAACUAUGACCAGAAGAAGAACAUUUUCAAAUGUGUUUCUGUCAGACCGGCAUCUGUUUCUGAACAAAAAGCUUUCCAAGCAUUUGUUAAAGUUGUAGAUACUGAGAUGAGGUAUUGUACUAAAGUAAUGAAUGAAAUUUAG